AUGCAAGCCAUCCGUCAGCAGCUGCUGGAUAAGGGCGGCACCCUUGGAGACUGGGGAGGCCUGAUAACCAACUGGCUUCAGCCUGAUGACCAACUGUGGACCGAAGGAAAGGCCUUCCCCGGAGAUGUCCUAGGCCAAGCACGGGCCAUCAUGAGCAUGGGAGCGAUCCUGGAGUACGAGUGUGUUGACAACCGAGGCCGUGAACAGGGACUGGCUUUGGUUAGGCUCCUUGACUGGGAGGAUCACGCCCAGGGCAUCCUCAAGGCCGAACACUUGGUGGCCAGUGAUGGAUAUUAUGAGUGGUAUGCGACCCAAGAACUCAAGGAAGGAAAAGGGCUGUAUCAUAUCUGCGGCUCUGGUCGGGGGCAAUGCAGUGUCCGCCUUGGACGUGGCGAUCGCAGGGAGUUGGUGCACCUGCACAAAUGGAGGGUGACCAGCCCCCUAGUCAUGAUGGAGAGUGCCUACAGCAAGCCGAUUGCACUGCAGGCCUUUCAAAAUUGGGUCAAUCACUUUCAAGCCCGUGUACCUAGCCCGGCACGACCUCCGGCACCCCCUCAUGAGGGUGGGAGGGGUGAUGCAACGGGGCUGGACAAAGCUUUGGAGGCGGUUGACAAAGAAGUUGAGGCUGCUGAACCUCAAAGGAAGCGAGCUGAACAGGCCAGAGCUAUGGAAGUGGAUAAGACUCCAAAGGGGUCAGUGGGUGCCCUGUUGGAAAAGAAGGCAGCUGAGAGACGAGAGGCCAUGAGACUGAAGGAUGAGGAACGAAAGAGACAUCGUGACAGAAGGAGAAGCCGGAGCAGAGGGAGGCGCAGGAAAAGACGCCCAGGCCGGACUAGUUCUGGCGGGGCGUCAGGGAGCAGAUCCUGCUCCUCAGGCUCGUCGCACAGUUUUCGGAAGCCCUCUACCCGGGGGGAGGACGAAUUAUGGCGGCAGAGCAAAAGAAACCCCGGGAAGCUCCUGAAGAAAACGAUGCAGGAGCUGAGCAGGUAUCUAGCCGACCGAGCUCCGGGCAGCAUGGAAGGAGGAGAUUGGACCGAGCUCAGGAUGAUGGCCUACGUCUCACAGGUUAUCCUGACGCAGCAUCCCCCCCAAGCCAUGGGCGUUCGGAAUCACCGAGAGCUGGUGGCGCUCGGGCGAGCCAUCGACCUUCUCCUGGCAGGUCAGCUGGGAGAGCUGGGGGACUUGUUAGCCCAAAGGCUGAAGGCCGUCGAAACCGCGGUGGCCGAGCAGAGCUGGAGUACGGCCAGGCACCAGGAGCUGAUUCCCUCGCAAGCGGCGUCCCUCACCACCGAGGGGGAAAGAAGGAGAGCAGCACGGCAGGAGGUGGCUCAUGGGAAGCUGCGCGAGCUGGUGAGCAAGGGGAGAUCGGCGCCGACCCGCAAGCGAAAGGAAAAGGAUCAGGUUGGCACCUGGAAAGGGGGCUCUGAGAACGAGGCCGAGGAAAGGCCGCGGGAAUGGAAAAGGCCCCCUGAGUCGCUGGUCGACAAAGGGGGCGCAGCAGGAGGUGGAAAAGGAGAAAGUUCAGAGACCCCCGACACCUAUGAGGAGGUCAGCGAGCAAGAGUCCCUUGAGACCGUCCAAUUGAGUGCUGAUGCCGAUCACUCCAUUGAGGUGAUGAGAGCAUGGUUGCAAAAAGAGGAAUGUGGAGGCCUCACGGUCGCCCAGCCAGGCGCACUGCUGGCUCUGGCAGUUUUCAGAAGCGGCCCCCCCGUUGGAAAGCUGUUGAGUCGGAACGUGCUGCCUGGGUCAGACGACGGCGUAAAAGGGACAAGGCAGCGGAGCCUGUUACCCUUGCCGCUUUUGCCGGACUCAAGAGAAGCCUUGAAGGAGCUUUUCAACAGCGGGGAAUUCAGGCGCCUGGCUGGGACUUGGGGCACAAAGAAGUGGAGCAAGGAGAAGGCAGCCCGAAUGAGCAGAAAAACGGGUCUGCUUAUUUGGCAUGGGCUGGUUGUCAGCUUCAUCAACCAUUUGUGGUCAGGAGGAGGUGAAAAGGCGGGGGUCUGCCUGGGCCCGCCCAGUAAGGCUCAGUCUCAGGCCCUGGACCGCUUGUGGAUUUUUGUGCGGGACUAUGUUGACGAUACAUCUGAGGUCCAGGAGAAAGUGCAGCGCUCUCCCCUGCUUGGAGAUUGGGGAAGCAAGCUGGCUGAUGUCAGGAUCUCUUAUCAUGGGGAGAUCGUUGAGAAGUCACAGCACCUGACGCUGGACCAGAUAAAACCAGGCCUUCCGCCUGCUGGCUAUGGAGCUAGCGUGCCCUUGGCAGAACUCUGCGAUGGAGAACUCAAGGAAAAGCUGAUGAACCCUUUGUCAAAUGUGCUGAAAGAAGACUUGCCGGCUGACAUACCUCGCCCGAAGGUACAAGCUUCCCAGGAGCAAUGGAACAUGAUCGUGAAGGACCUCUAUGAAAGAGGUCUGGUGGAAGCAGUAGAGCAGCCGCUGCUUGUAAGGGGCCGACCUGUCCUGAACGGCUCUUUUGGGGUGAUUAAGCCCGGCAAAUUCCUUGAAGACGAGAGGCCUGUGCUCCGUCUUAUAAUGGACUUCAGGGGCACCAAUUCAGUGAGCAAGGUGCUGACUGGAGAUGUUCGUAGUUUGGCUGGUGCACCAGCCCUGCAGCACCUUGUACUCCCGGAGGGGCGAGUAAUGAGGAUGUCUGCUGAUGACCUUGUUUCAGCUUUUUAUUUGUUUGCCAUGCCUCCGGGGGAACCAGAUGAUGGCCUUUAG